UUUCUUUUUCAAUAUUCAGGUUUUUGCCUCGGCUCCUGCUUGCAGUUCCCUCUACGAAAGUACUACUAUGUUAACCAGUUAGUGACCUGGCCUAAAGCUCAGCAGUUCUGCAGGGAGCAUUACACCGACCUGGCCACGUUUGAGAGCUUGGACGACAUAAAGAGGCUGCAACCUAAUAUUUCCUAUUCCUGGGCAUGGAUCGGACUCUGGGAUGAUCCGAAUGCCUGGCAAACUGCAAUGGGCAACAAGUCCAACUCCUGGAGAUGGUCUGCAACCGGAGAAACCAGUAAAACUGGUUACCGGUCGUGGGGCACUGGUGAUCCAAACUUCAAAAAUUCAGGGGAGAUGUGCGUGUCAAUGCCUAAUGCUGGGUACUGGUAUGAUGCUAACUGUGAGGUGAAACGCGAAUUUAUUUGUUACAAAGUUACAGAGCUCAAUGUGAAACAACAUGUGUUCAUCGCAACUCCAGCAACAUGGAGUGAGGCUCAGAGUUACUGCAGAACGCAUCACACCGACUUGGCAAUGAUUGAGAACGAGGCAGAAAACUCUGCAGUCAAACAGUUAAUUCCAGUUGGAGUCAAUGUUUGGAUCGGGCUGUACCGAGUGCCGUGGAGCUGGUCUGACAAGAGACCCAGCCUCUUCCGACGAUGGGUCUCUCCCGAACCAGACAACUACGGGGGUAUUCAGAACUGUGUCUGCGAGAAUACAGCACAUAUGUGGGGUGAUGAAAAGUGUAGUGCCACCAAAGUCUUCAUUUGUGAACAAGUGGUAAAAACGAGCCCCACUGUGAAAAUGACGAUGACAAGCGACGUGGAUCUGACCGAUCCAGCCGUCAACGCCCAGGUCCUCCAGCAGAAGAUGGCGGCGCUCUGUAUGGCUGCGGCUGCAUGGGCUCUCGACAACGUGCGAGUAUUUGAGCAAAAUACGCCGCCAAAAACGCUACAAACUUUGCAUCCACUCAGUAAGUUAGCAUAUGAUCGCCAGCGUCUGCUGGAAUUACGAUCAUCAAGUGAUUUUGGACUCAUAAACACGACUACUCUGGAGUGUUUACGUGACCUCGGAGUGCUACGGAGGCAAGACCCAGCGGCGCACAGCGCAGCGGACUCGCCUAGCAGCACUAGUCGGAGGAGGAGCAAGCGAAGGCGGUGCGACCGGCAGUGGAAGCGCGGCUGUCGAAGUUUUUGCCUCGGCUCCUGCUUGCAGUUCCCUCUACGAAAGUACUACUAUGUUAACCAGUCAGUGACCUGGCCUGAUGCUCAGCAGUUCUGCAGGGAGCAUUACACCGACCUGGCCACGUUGGAGAGCUUGGACGACAUAAAGAGGCUGCAACCUACUAUUUCCUAUUCCUUUGCAUGGAUCGGACUCUGGGAUGAUCCGAAUGCCUGGCAAACUGUAAUGGGCAACGAGUCCAACUCCUGGAGAUGGUAUGCAACCAGAGAAACCAGUAAAACUGGUUACCAGUCGUGGGCCACUGUAGAGCCAAACUUUAUAGAAGGAAAGGAGACGUGUGUGACGAUCUAUGCUGGAAAGUGGUAUGAUAAAUCCUGUAACAUGGAGAACAGCUUUGCUUGUUACACUGGUGAGAAUAUAAAUAUUUUAAAUUUUAUUGGAAGACUUUCACCACUACCAUCCUGUUUGUCUUAAUAAUAUAAAAAGUAUUUGUUCAAGUUGAAUUCAUUGUGCUUAUUAGACAUGAAAGGGAAUGUAUUAUGCAAACAUUUUGGGUCACAGCUGGUUCAAUAAAAAGCCCAAGUGCUUAAAGAAACAGCCAUGGUUUUUGGUGUCUGGAAAAUGAGCCUUUUCAAAAACUUCCAGGCUGUAGUGCAAAACCACAAAAUCUUACCAAGUAGUUUUGGUCGAGUUUCUUGUGCAUCGAUCUUACUACACUUGAAGUGAAAUAAUCUGCCAGUGUAACUAAUACUUUUUCACCAAUAUUUAGAAAUUCAACAAACUCAACAAACAAGAUGAUGUCAGUGAUGCUGCAUAUU